AUGCAGCCAGAAAGUAUAAAUUGCCAGUCCAUCCAAAUAACUCAUAAUGGUCCUCGAGUUACUGGAAUUUCAUCUGCAUCAUCGGUUUUUCAGGCUCUUGAAACUGAUUUUUGGUUGAGGUCUAGAGGAAGGCAUCCUAUUUUGGUAUUGCUUAGAUCUUGCAUUCCAACUACUCCUCUUUUCUCUACUGAAGAUGAUUUAUAUCUCUGGAAAAAUUUUUUAUUGGAUCUUCCAGGUGUGUUUUCAUCCUCUAAGACUUGGCUCUCUUUACAUCCACCAUCUCCUAGUGUAUCAUGGUUCAGCUCAGUUUGGUUUAAGCAGCGGAUUCCUAAGCAUGCUUUUAUGCUUUGGAUAACAAUGCGUGAUAGGCUGACUACUCGUGAUCGUUUAAGAGGAUGGGGACUUGAUAUUCCACCUGGUUGCCUUAUGUGCGCCUCAGCAUCGGAAUCAAGAGGGCAUCUCUUUUUCAAUUGCAGUUAUUCAAAUGAGGUCUGGACGACCUUUCUUAACCAUCCGGAACUUUCUCCUCCGGUGCUCUUUGAGGAUAUUGUUUCCUGGGUACAAUCUUCAACUAGAAACAAAAAGCUCAAAUCAAUUGUGAAACUCAUUUUUCAUGCAGUGGUGUAUGAUAUUUGGAAAGAGCGUAAUUAUAGGCUCCACUCCUCACAGGUGAAGACGCAACAAGCAGUUGUCAAAGAGAUUCAGCUUCUCCUUCGAGCUAAGCUUGCUGGUCUAGAUAAAGACGGUGUUGGUCGGCUGAUCCAACCAUCUGCUAUCUUGAACCCGUCAAAUUCUGAGUCAUAUUUGUUAACAUGGUUCCGGUACAUUCAAUUCUAA